AGAUGCACAUGUUACAUUUUCUAUCAAUACAGAUAAAAUGCUACAUCUUUAGUUUACCGAUCUAUAGGAAACUGGUCGGGUUUUGGAAUUUACUCUUUCUUAGUGCCUUAUUACUACUUGUCAUCACUGCGAGAGCAGAGAGAAGAAACAAUGGUUGUAUCUGCAGUUUUGUCUAUUAUCAUCAUUGCUGGAGUUGCCACCGUAGUUACAGCCGAUACGAAUGUUGCUCUUGGGAAGCCUGCAAAACUGUACUACGCAUGUCCGCAUCCGAAUAUGACAGAUACUGGUUAUAAAGCUGUAGAUGGAAACACCAAUCAAACAAUGAUGGGUAAUUCCUGCUUUGAAACUGGCCCUAAUCUAAGUAACUGGUGGUACGUAAAUCUAGGAAAAAUCUACGAGAUUACAGAAGUAAAGCUCUACAACAGAAUUGACUGCUGUUCGGAGCGAGCCAAAAAUAUCUUUAUCAUGAUUGGUAAUUCUUUGGAAGAAUUGAAACCGGUGGAUUACUCCCCUGACCCAAUAGGUGCCAUUAAGUCCUUUUUUAUGUUUCCGAAUACGAAAGGAAAAUAUGUUAAACUUCAACAUGAAGCUAAUACUGUCUUCCAUUUAUGUGAAGUGAAGGUGUUUGCAAAAUAAUUGUGCAUUAUAAUUUUAAAAAUUACCGCUGUACUUCUUGUACUUAGAGGGAUCGAAAAUACUCCGACAAAAGAUAUUUAACGUCGCAAAUAUAUAAGAGAAUUUUAAUUUCCUCUUUUAUCGGCAAACUGUCGGUAACAUGAAAAACCUAUAUAGUGCCAAGUAACGUAAACUCCUGGUGAAGUUUGGUUUGUUUUAACAACGCAUGAAUUAUCGGUGAUUGUCAGGGUACUAAUUAAGUUAGCUAACAAGAUUAAUGUGAUCUACCCGGGACCUGGAACAGAUUCUCCAAAACAAAGACACAAUGUGUUUAUUACAUUGUUAUAAUAAUAAUGAUAAUACUUUCCGUUUUAAGUUUUUAUCAGGGAAAAACUUUUUCGCAGAAA